AUGGCAACUCGCCGUCACCCGGUCUUCGCCAAAGCCGUUUUCACCAGGCCGUUUUCUGUGCUGGCACCCGCCAGAGGCCCUUCUCGGGCACCUUCAGGGCAGUUGUACGUCCGGCUGUGCGGCAGCUUCCUCGCCGUGUUGGCGUCGGGGGCUGCCAUGGAAGGGCAGCCGGGUUCUCCGACCUGCGAGCCCCCCUUUUCCCAGAGGCUCUCCCCCCUUUCCGAAGGAGAUGGGCCUGAAGGUGAAGAAGAACAGGAGGAGGAUGCAGCCGGGAUGCGGCCAAGAGAAGAGCUGGGGGAAGGCUCCCCGGAGCCGUUAGGACAAGCUUCUCCGUGCCACUUGGGGCCGUGCUGCCACGGGCAGGGCUCUCUCACCCCUCGGGGUGCAGGCAGGCCCUGCCAGAAGGCUGAGGACGAGGGGGCUUCUCCGUGCCACCAGGCGCCAGGGGACCUGCGGCCGUGCCGGCAGAAGCACAGGCUGUGCCUGAAGCCUGAGACAAGCCGGGCUCCCGCGUCCCCGGGGCGGGGGGAGGUCACCGAAGAGCCAGGACCCUCCCGGGGGAAGAGGCUGCGGUUGAUCUGGGGUCGGACAGGUGACUUCAGACAGAGGGCGAUGGAGAACGGGCUGGAGGAGGCGCUGCGGAGCAGCGAGGAGGAGGAGGGGGAGAGAGGGUCUCGGUCCUGCUCCCCUGAGCUGCCCCUUCCCGGCGAUGCUCGUCCCAAGCCGGACUUUGUGCAGCUGAUCGACGAGCGUGGCAUCUACUCCACUGCCAAGCUGCUGGAGAUCCGCGAGGUGAUCGUGGACGAGAAGCCCUUCCAGUGCGGUGUCUGCGAGAAGGCCUUCAAGCGGGCCUGGGAGCUCUUCAGCCACGAGGUGGUGCACAACGAGGAGCGUCCCUUCCGCUGCGACCUCUGCCAGGCCUCCUUCAAGCGCCACUCGGACUUCAAAAGCCACCGGCUGGUCCACACGGAGGAGCGACCCUUCCGCUGCGAGCUCUGCGGCAAGCGCUUCAAGCGUUCCUCCAACCUCCAGGAGCACCGGCGCAUCCACAGCGGCGAGCGCCCCUUCCGCUGCCCCCGCUGCGCCAAGAGCUUCAAGACCCCCUACGAGCUGCAGCGCCACGCCCUCACCCACUGCGCCGAGAAGCCCUUCAAGUGCGCCGACUGCGGGAAGGACUUCCCCACCUCCAACGCCCUCCUCCUCCACCAGCGCCAGCACUGCGACGACAAACCCCACGUCUGCGGGGUCUGCGGUAAGAAGUUCACCUACGGGCACAGCCUCAAGGUGCACGAGCGGGUGCACACGGGCGACCGCCCUUUCAUCUGCCCGCUCUGCGGCAAGGGCUUCAAGCAAUCCAACGCCCUCUCUUCCCACGAGCGGGUGCACACCGGCGAGCGCCCCUUCGUCUGCAAAACCUGCGGGAAGGCCUUCAAGCAGUCGUCCUACCUGGUGAUCCACGAGCGGGCGCACACGGGGGAGCGCCCUUACAAGUGCGAGGUGUGCGGGAAGGCCUUCGCCCGGCCCUCUUUGCUCCUCCAGCACCAUCGCGUGCACAGCCAGGAGCGGCCCUACAAGUGCAGCUUCUGCCACAAGUUCUUCAAAGACCUGGCCUACCUGGCCGUGCACGAGAAGGUGCACACGGGUGAGACCCCCUACAAGUGCAGC